UAUACAAAUAUGUUGGAAGCAAUAUCUACAAUGCUGUUGGACAGCAUCGAUCAGAGACUACCAAAUAUCAACAUGGAUAUAGAGGGCGAGAACCACAAGACUGUAAAGGAUAUGUGGUGGAAGCUACUGUAUACUCUGUUCACGGCCACAGCCAUCGGAUACCUAUACGCCAAGAGAAAGGACAAUAGAAUGUUCCAUCUCAUCAAGCCCAUGCCAGUCAUCAUUCUCGGAUACGUCGUGUUGCUCUGGUGCUCCGUCCAUAACAUCCCUAUCAAGUCACUGUGGCAACUGAUAGUGCCACACAACCCCUCGGACUAUGCCAUCUACGUGUCGCUUGGUCUGUUCCUCUCGGCUAUCGGUGACCUGUUCCUGAUCUGGGACGAGGCACUCAUUCCAGGUAUUAUCUUCUUCCUCACUGCGCAUCUCUCUUUCAUCCUGGCGUUCACUGCCGAUAGCAACAGUCUGUCUCAGUUCUUCACGCCACUGGUCGUGCUGUUCCUCGUUGCAUUCAACAUCUUCUUUGUCUAUCUGUUCGUCACACAGCUAGUGCCAGUGUUUAACGAGAAUACCAACAAGCGUCCAGUUGCUGUAGUCCUAUUCUUCUACUUUGCCGUCAUCCUGACAAUGUGCUACACUGCCUCGGUCAAGGCGUUGACCAAGAUGGUUGCCCACUGGCAUCUGAGUGCAAACUGGUCAACACUGGCAAUAUACUCAUGGUGUGGCGCUAUUGGUGCAGUGAUCUUCUUUAUCAGUGACCUGAUGAUUGUAGUGCGCGAGCUCAAUGCCCUCAAAGCCAACAAAGUGUCAACAUUCAGAAAGUUCCUGGGCAAUGGUGACGUGGGCAUCAUCACCUACUGGGUAGGCCAAUUCUGUAUUGCACUCAGCGUGGCAUCGAUC